GGGCGGGGCCUCGGGCGGCCAGCUUGCCGCCGGGAAAGGCGAGGCAUGCGGCGACCAUAUUUGUUGCGGGUAAAGGUGGUCCGUUAUUAGUGCUACUGUUUCUAUAAAAUUGACACCCCAGGAAAAAUUAGGGAAGAAAAUUAAUAUGAUAGCCCUCUUAAAAUAUCUGAAGGGCUGUCCCAUGGAAGAUGAAGCAAGCUUGUUUUCUCCUGCUCUGGAGAGUAGGACUCAAACCCAUGGCUUCAAGUUACAAGAAAGGAGAUUCUGACUAAACAUCAGAAAAAACUUUCUGACAGUAAGAGCCAUUCAACAGUGGAAGGUCUCCCUCCAGAGGUUGUGGACUCUCCUUCCUUGGAGGUUUUUAAGCUGAGGUUGGAUGCCCAUCUGUCAUGGAUGCUUUAGUUGAGUUUCCUGCAUUUUAGGACGUUGGAGUAGAUGACCCUUGGGUUCCCUUCCAACUCUACAAUUCUAUGAUUCAGUCCCAAGCCAGAGACCUGCCUCUUUAAACCCUUUGAUCCAAGGAAGGGGCAGAGCCUGGAAGGUGACCAUCUAUAAAGCCCUCAUAAAAGCUCACCUGGAGCUCUCCACAGUGCUGCAAUUACUGACCGUGCCCCAUUGUGAAAUCAGAAUGGGACAUACGGUAAGUGGAGCCUGAUGGAUGACCAAAGAGGACCCAUCUUGUCCCUCCUUCUAUUCUCAGUGGCCAACUAGAUCUCUAUCUAUUUGGGAUUGUACAGCUCUAGGCAGGCCCAAGCCACCAUGCUACCUCAGUCAUGUGCUGAUAGCAGAGUUAACCAGGCUUCCAUCUGCACCCCAUGCAAAUAUUACUUGGCCAAUGAGAGCACUUCCUCAAUCUGGUGAUCCUCUUUUGAGCCCCUCCCUGCUCUGUAGUCCUGCAGCCUCCAAACCAGCGAAGGAGAGGCCAAGUUCCCCUCUGUCCUCUUUGCUGGCACAGCCACAGCCUGUCCAAGAGGCACCUUGGGAGGCUAUUUAAGCUGAACCCCCCUGGCAUGUCACUGGCUGUGAUGAAUGAUGUUCCAAGAAAAUUUGCUAUUUUCUGCUCCCAGACAGACAAGCGGAUGCAUCUUGAAUGCCAAUGAGUCCCCCGUCUGAGGAGGAACUGGGGAGACCAGGCAGCUGCUUUUCAGGUUUGUAUGUAAAAGCCCCCCCCCUCCAAGUUUCCCCUGCUGUGCCCGGGCGUGCCUUUCCCCUUCAUCUAUCAUUCUAAAACAUUUCUGUCUCGCUAUUCAGCCACACACACCCCUGCGGCGAAGCAGCUUACAAAAACUAGUAGACGGUUUUGCCCUUAGCUCUGCAAUUUAAAAUACACAACCCACAAGGAAAAAGAGAUUGGGAGGGAGGAGGAAAACAACAAGCUCAGGCAGGAGUUCUUAACGUCACAGUUCUUCUAAUGAACCGUUGGGAUAGAAGAGAUGAAGUGCUUCUCCCUUGGAGGUUAAUUUUGAAAAACAAAGUGGCAAACUGCUAUGGUUCUGCCUUGGACCAGUACACUUCCCAUUUGCCUGAAUAAAAGUACCCCCCCCAAUUUAGGUGGGAUUUGGAGCCUUCCAGGAAGAAUGGGAGGCCAUGGCACCUCUCUUGGCUAGAAAUUAAGCCAUGGCUGAGCCCACCAGAAGUGGCACCUCAACUUAGCUAGGCUCGCUCUGAGGUCCUGCGUCUGUUCCAGGUCUCAUGGCUGAGGCACUGGCUUGGGCUUUCCCUGAGGGAAGCGGGGAACCCAAAGCAACCAGCCUUUGGCCAGGCUUUGCUCAUUCUGACUUGGUCAGAUCCCACCGGGGAUGUCCAGUUCUUUUUUUUUUAAAUGAUAUUUAUUGAGAAUUUUAAAAUUACAAAGAAAAAAGAAGGAAAAAACAAGCGAAAGAGAAAAAAGAAAGAGAAAGGUAGAUAAAAAUAACAAUUAAACAAUACAAAUCAAUAAAAACCAAAGUCAAAAAGAGAAAACAAAACACACAUCAAAAUCAAAAAGCAAAAAUAAACAAAAAAUUUAAAAACAUAUCCAAUAUUCCCAAAUCCUUAACUUUCAUUAUCUUAUUUCAUCGACCUCCUCACACCUCCCUUUUUUGUAUUCUAGUUGUUAAUUAUCUCAGCAAAUCCUUUCCAUCUUUCACAAUAUUGUGUCAUUAAAUUACCUUAAUCUAUUUUAACCUUAUCUUACCAUAAAAAACCUUAAACCUUAAAACUUAAAUCUUAUUUAUACCAAAUUCUUUUAACCAUGACAUAUUCUUACAUAAUUCUUUUUAACAUUUCUGCUAAAGCCAAAUAAUUUCAUUCCAACAUUUUUCUAAUACUCAUUAAUUUUACGAUAAUUUUCUAAAUAAAUUUUUAAAACUUUCUUCCAAUCUUCAUCCAUCGUCUCUUCUUCCUGGUCUCGGGUUUUGUCAGUCUUUUCUAUCCCAUCCAUCUAGUCCAUCAACCUGGUGACCUUGUAUCCGAGGCUCUUAAGUCCUUUCCAUGUCCCUUCCGCAGGUCUUCUUCAUGUUUAUAUCUGUACUUUACUUUGUCUUCUGCUGAUCUUAUUCUUAAUUUCCUUCCUUUCACUCGGGGAGACUCCAACUUGACAAUAUCUUUGUCCCUUCUCGACAAGUCAGCCCCUUUUCCAUAGUCAAUACUGAAAUCCAUAUAGUAUUUAAAGGCAUGUUUCAAAGUCCCUCCAAAGUUAAGGGCCCCCACAACUCCGAACUCCCCCCGGCCCAAAGCCAGACUCGAAAGGUCAAAACAUCCCUGCAUAGGGGGAUCCAUCCAGCCCUUCAUCUCCAAGCCAAACAGAACUCCAUCUCUCCAAAUCUGACUUUUUCCAGGUUCAUUCGUCAAAUCCAACAACUCAUGUUCCUGCUGGGCCACAGCUCUCUCCAUUUCUGCUACUUGAGGUUCGGCAACAACCUCCUCCUUUAUCUGAUCUGUCAAAGCACAUUCCUGGAUUAAUUCCUGAGUGGGUUCUAUAUAGGUACCCACUGCCUGUCCAAAAUUUCCGACCGCAACAGUCAUCAAAUCCAUCUUCUCAUGUAACUGUUCCAAUAAAGCACUUGUCUUGCAGAGAGCAAGCACCAAAACCUCCCCUAAGCACAUUCUUGUUCAAGGUCGAAGUCUGGUCCCACGAUCUUUAAUCUCUACAGCUGCAAAGCUCCCCAGUUCUACUCUAAUAACAGUUUCACAGGCUCCCUCUAGGGGAAACAGUUUCUAUUUGUAUCCAUCUUCUUUUUCUUUUUCUUUUUUUUUAAAGCAGAUCUAGCAACAAAGUUUUCCUUUUUCGGAUAUUUUGUUCCUUUUAAAUGCGAAAGGGAACAAUGGAAUCAAUAUGUUUCUCUUCUUUUGACUAUGUGUCAAAAACGUUUGUCCACAGGCAAUGAACUUCCCCAAAACGUCUGUCCUGACACCCUGCUCCCAGGUUCAAGACAGUGGAAAUUUACCUUUCUUUACUCUCUCUUCUGCAGGUUUAGACAGUCUAAAAAAGGUUCCCCCCUCUUCUCCUGCUUCCAAGGGGGGGUUCAGUAAUUUUAAUCCUUUACAAAUUUAAUCCUUUACAAACGACUUCCCAGACUCUAGCUUGCCAUGUCUUUGCUUCAAUCUAUUUACAAAAGCAGAAGGCGGACUUCCUGUUUAGACCUUCCCGCUUCGGUGCCAAAUUAAGAAAUUUCAUAGUCCAAUUUUCCAUUCUACUCACGGGCAGUUGUUUAAAAUCCAAUUGUCCACAGGAAAAAGUCAGCGCUCUCCGGCAACAGCAAUGCGGCUUCACUCCGUGAAAAGAGCAGUCGAUUCGAAGCACCGCGCCAUUCACCCCACGUUGCUCCAGAUCCCCGAAACCGGGUUUCCCCGCGAGUAGGGGAGGCGCAAAGGGUGCCAGCCGAAUCCCACGUCCACAGGCUUCUCCCGCCUGUGGUUUUUAGUGGGUGUCCGCCUCGCCGCGGCGGUCCAGACCCUAAUUCUCAUGGAGCGGAUUCCUCCCGAUCAGAGGAAAUCCGCCAUUGCCAGAGGCGCUAACCCGGAAGUCCGGGGAUGUCCAGUUCUGGGUGCCACAGUUUAAGACCAGAUAUUGACAAGCUGGAAGGUGUGCAGAGGAGGGCAGCCAAGAUGAUCCAAGGUCUAGUUGAUGGAGUUAGGGAUGUUGAGUCUGCAAAGACUGCGAGGGGACAGGAUGGCCAGACAUACAGGAUGUGAGGGCUGUCAUCCAGAGGGUGGAGUGAGCUUUUGUUUCUCCUGCUUCGGAGGGUAGGACCCAAACCAGUAGAUUCAAAUGCUAAGAAAGGAAAUUCUGAUUAAACCUCACAAAGAACUUUCUGACGGCAAGAGCCCUUUGGCAGUGGAAUGGACGCCCUGGGAAGGUGGUGGACUCUCCUUCACUGGAAGUAUUUAAACAGAAGUCAGGUGCCCCUCUGUCAAGGAUGCCGUAGCUUUGAUUCCUUCACGGCAGGGGGCUGGACUAGAUGGCCCUCAGGGGUCCCUUCCAAUUCCACAGUUCUGUGGUUCUAUGAUAAAACUCGACGAAGCUUCUCUCCAGUUCGGCUGUUCCGGGGAGGGGGACCUUCAAGUGUGCGCGUCCGAGGAGACGGGAGAAGCUGCCCUUACAUAACAUGGCGCUUGCCCUCUCUCAAAAUGGCAGAGUUUGAUUUGGCGGACCGGACAACGCUAAUACGUCGCCCUCUCCAAACAUGGCCGCCUGAUCUACGCCGGCGGCAACGGCGCCCUUAGUCACCCUGGUGGUCGGAGGGAAGCGCGAGCGAAGCAGAGAAAGACAAUACCAGUUGCCUUCUUCCAAGAUGACCGCCGGAGUACCCGGAGACUGUUGGGCGCCCUCAGACAUCAUGGCGGGCAGCGCAGAAAGCGUGGGUGUGUCGGGGGCGGGGCUGAAGCUUUUGCCCGCACGCAGCAUGGCGCCCGCGGCUUCAAGGGAGCGGACGAGGGAAGGCGGGUGGUUGCCCUGAGCGAUCCCCCCUCCCGGCACCGCCUCCGAAGGCCGUCCCGCCCGCGAGGGGAGGGGGCCGCGGUUCUUCCUCCUCCUCCUCCUCCUCCCGGGGCCUCCUUCCUGGUCCCCACAGGCGGGCGCGGGGCCGGGCGGGUCGGCCUGGCGGGGGGGCGAGGAAGGAGGAGCAGCGUAGGAGCGGUGGGGUGAAAGGUUAGGGGGAGCCCGAAAGCGGGGGGCUGACGAGGACCUCCCACAGAUUCCGAGAGGGGUGAGGGGCUUCGCUGGGCACCCAAAGGAGGGGUGGGGGAGGCAGCCCCGACCGUGGGGGGCGGAGAGGUGGGGGGAGAAGGGGCCCAUCGGCCCAGCAUGAGCUCUUCGAGGGACGCCGACAGCAAGUUCCCUUUGCACGGCUUAGUCUGGAAUAAUGACUUCCAGAAGCUGGAAGAAGCGCUGAAGAACAAGGUAAAAAAGAGGAAGGGGGGCAUGUGGCGUUGGAGGGGACACCUGGGCUCUUAAGACUUCCACAGGUGUUUGUGUGGAUUCUGAGCAGUUGCAGCUGUGGAUCACCUUCGUGUCUUUCCUUUCUUCCCAAGAGCUUCAGUAGGAUGUGCAUGAGAACAUCCUCAUGACAACCCUGUGAGGGAGGCUAGGCUGAGAGAGGGCCAGCGAGAGGGCAAGUGGCCCCCAAUCUCAAGUGCUCCUGCCACUGUCUUCUCUGGAGCCAGGGCUCUUUCUGUUGGCUCAGGGCUGGAGGGGCUCAAGAGGGGUGGAUGGACACAUUUAUCAUGGCAGGGGGUGUACCCAUGUUUUCAGUAGAGCAAAGCUUUUAGGGUGGUGGAGAACAGGGGUCCUACAGUGGACUCCUCCAUAUCCUAAUUCAUUCUUCUCCAACCUGGUGCCCUCCAUCCCUUUUGGAAUACUACUUGAUGGUUGGGGAUGAUGGGAGUUGUCCAAAACAUCUGGUGGGCACCAGGUUGGUGAAGGCUGUCCUGGUUAUUUCUGGGCUUGCAGGUUUUCUAAAAGCCUUAUAGCAAUUACAUACUAUUUUUAGGUACUGCUGGCUGUUUCCCUUUUUUAAAAAGGAAAAGGGAAAGAGAAACCAGAUUUGUCAGGCCAACCUGAGAUCUGUGAAAAAGCAGGAGCAAUUAAAAACCUGCACAAAGUAUGCUUUAUUCUCAGGCUGUGCUGCUGAGGGCUCCCUAAAUGAGUGGGAGGGGGAAUGAAUCCGAUUUGGAAGAGUUACGGUAAUCCCUGUGAUAUGCAAAAUAAGAGCAGAGAGGCCAAAUGGAAUCUCUGCCUCUGUUCAGGCCUAUAGGUAGCUACAUAAAAGGAAAAGGGAUGAGAGAAGCCAUCAACAGCUAAAGCUUCAUAGGAAAGAAUGAGUUAUGAGAAGGGGUAAAGGAAGUCGUAGGGGUCCCUUCAUUUGGCAGACACAAAAGAAUAACACAGAAAUGGCCAAUAUUUGAGCUUGCAGCCCACCCAUGCCCCUAGUAGAAUCCUGCCCACUCUAGCAAAUGGUUUCAAACUGGAAAUGGCAGUUGCAACCCUUCUAGGAAGCUCUAAGGCACCAUCUCGGCUUGCUCAGGUCAGUGUCCUGGUCAACUGAGCUUGUGCUUCAGAACCUGUUAUGAAUUUUUCUGCAGUGCAAUGAUGCGUUUGAUGUCUAGGGCUCUGUAGCUGAUACAUUGAGGCAAAAGGGGUUUUCUAAAGGGAGCAUCUUCCUUGUUUUUAUCUUUCACUUGGGCAUCACAGCAGGAAGUGUUUUUUUCUGCAUUUCCUCUAAGGAGCAUCCAUCCCCUAUGAGAGAGGCUGGGCUGAGUGACUGUUCCAAGGUCACCUGGUGAGCAUCAUGAUGGGGGGAUUUGAACCCAGAGCUCUCUGGUUAUGUUCCCCCUGCUCCAUCUUUGCCACCCGUUCUUUUCUUUCUAUGCUGGCUGUUCUCCAAAGCAACUGUACAACAGCCUGGUUUUCUUAAGACCAGCUGGCUUCUAACUGAAGCUUACAGGUGGUCCACAAACAGUGUUGUUGGUGUCUGGGAAAUGUUGGAAACUGUCCAAGUGGGGCCAAGAAGCAAGGCCACUAGGAGAAUGAGCAUGCUUGCUGGUUGCAGCUGAAACUAGCCUAGAUGGAAGGAGAUCACAACAAGGAAACCUGGGACUUUGCUAAGCUGAACCACUCUUUACUGUUGUUGGUAAAGCAGAUAAUUGCUCUUCUCCAUCCCUCCAAAAACCUGAUUUCUUUUUGGAGAGGUUAGUCAAUUUGUUCACUUCCUUCUCUGCCCAGUCAGAGGGAGUGUUUUGUGCACAGUGUUAGGCAGGGGGAGCUUCCCGCAGGCUUAGAGCUGAGUUAGGAAUUUGCGGGCUGCUGUGUUCAGAUAGACCAACCUGCCCCAUAACCCCUUAGGCCCAUAAUGCUAAACUUGGUUUUAAAUGUAUCUGUUAUCACAGUUGUGGUUAUUGUGUGUCUCCGUACACACACAUACACCCAAAACCUCAGGCCCCUUCCCCAAGGAACUUGCAACUUGCAAUUGGCAGUAGGUGCCAAUUGUCACUUAGAGGUCCUGGUGUGUAGCUGAAAUUCUGAAUGGUAAGGAAAAUAUCACAUACGGUCUUUCCUUCUUACAAGGAAUAGCAGUUCUUUUACUGUGGAACUAAAUUUCACUAAAUCAGGUGGGGUGAUUCCCACGAAAGUGUGCAUAGGGAUUGUGCCUGAACCUGUGAUUUAAAGAAGAUUUGUUUAUCAGUUAAGCUUAAAUAAUCUACAUAUGGCCAGAACUGAACUCAGGAUUCUUUGAUAUCUUCCCUGCAGCCUUGUGCAUGUUCACACAGAAGUUAGCCCAUCUGCAGUCAGCAGUCAUACAAUUUUAUUGCUGGUGAGGUUUUGGUAAUCUGCAGAUAGGUUGAAUCUUAAUUGCUAAAUCAUCUGAAAUGCGGGACAUUGGCCAGUGAAAAACCUGGUUAUCUGUUGUUGGGCCUAACUUACAACUUCAGUGUAACUUGUGUGUUUGUGUGUGUUGGCCCACGUGACCCUAAACUCACUAUUGCCAACCUAGUGUCUCCAGAAAAUACAGACUACGGCUCCCAUCAGCCUCAACCAGCACAAACUGAUGUGUGGUGUGUUGGGAACAUGGCUGGCUGGGACCGCUGGGUGUGGCAAUCCAAAACAUCUGGAGGGCAUCAGCUUGGGGAAAGCUGCCCUAAGCAGUGCUGUGUACACGCUGAUUACACAAUAGAACUCCCACCAGCAGUACUGAAAAUGAUCAUGACCUUUCCUCUUUGGCUCACUGUUGAUUUUUACUUUCCCCCCUUAGUUAUAGAUGCUCUUCUGUUUCAGAUUUCUAAAGCUAGUAGUGAAAGACCUAGGUAAGGCGAGAGUGUGUGUUGCUGUUUGCAUGCUAGUGGCUCUUUCUCUGCCUUGUGUGGUUUGCAUUUUGUAGUGGUCUGUCAAGAGCGCUCAUUGUUGUGUGUGUGUGUGUGUGUGUGUGUCCGUGUCCGUGUCCGUCCCCCAAGUGGGGGUCCAAUCCCAGUGACCAUCUGUUUCCAUAACAUCACCAGUCAUUUUACAAAGUUUGCUUUGUAAAGGUUAUUGCCUGGUAUAUGCAUCAGCAGGCAUUUUGCCAUAGCAUCCUCUCGUAGCUGAAUGACAGCAAUUCCUGGUACAGAAAAUCAGAGGCCAGAUUCUUCUUUUCGGGGGGGGGGGCAAAGCUUAUUUUCAGCUUUUUGGGGGGGGGGCAAGAGGGUGAAUAACACAGUGGGAGGACAUAGACUUUGUACACAGAAGUCCCUCUCAGUCCCAGGCCUCUUAGGACAUUCACAGAGGAAUGUGUCUCCAUUUGCAAGUGCUGGAGAGAAGAUGGCUUCACCCUAUUGGGCCAGCACUUGUGCAGGAAGGCCUCAUCCUGCAGGAUACCCAGUGGGAGAGGAUCCUGCAAUAUUCUUCAGCCUUGGGUCCCCAGAUGUUGUUGGACCGCAACUCCUACCAUCCCUGACCAUAGGCUAAGCUGGCUGCGGAUGGUGGGUUUUGUCGUUCAGCAGCAUGUGGGGACCCAAGGUUGAAGAAAUCUGCUUACCUGUGGGUUGUUGGACUCCCACCUUCCAGCUGGCAUAGCCAAUCCAUGGUCAGGGAUGAUAGGAGUUGGAACCCAGCAACAGAUUCCUCACCCCUCCUGUAGGAGAAAUCUGGGCUGGUGAAGAGGGGAGGCAAGACAGUGAGAUAAAGUCCCAGCAGACUAGGCUUCCCCGUUCGCUCCCAAAGCCCACCCACAGACUCACAAAGAGCUGGGAAAUUGUAAGAACCUGGAGGAACUUGCUGACACAGUUCUUCUGGAGCUCCAGUUGGAAAAAGAAAGGCGGAACCUCUUCCCACAAGUGCUUUCAUGAUUAUUGCAGGGGAGAUCCUAGCUCAGGGGUUGAACUCUGCCCACCAAAUGCCCCAGGUUUAGUGCUCAGCAUCUCCAGCCAAAUGAUCUCGCAUAGGAAGACCGGUUGCCAUCUGGGAGAGCUGCCACCACUCUUGGGUAGACCAGCCUUCCCCAGCCUGUCACUACCCAGAUGCCUCCUGCCAUUCUUGCUGUGGCUGAUGGGAAUUGCAGUCCAAAAUGGCCCUAAGGCAGAGGGGAGUUGUAUCCAGAAUAUCUGGAGAGCACAAGUUUGGGGCAAGUAAACAAUAUCGUGUUAAAGGGACCAAUGAUCUGACUCAGUAUAAGAUUGCUGCUUGAGUUGGAUGCUGGUGGAACCUACUAAGAGAAAAAUGUUUUAUGCUUAAUUGCAAAACAUUGAAGGAGGCAAAAUCUGUCUGUUUCACAGACAUCUGGUGGGGUGCCCCACAUGAGGUGCAGUUUGAGACCAGAAUUUCUUCCAUGUCUCUUCAUAAUUUCAUUGCAUAGGGUGUUUUAUUUAUCUCUAUAUAAAGGAUGACCAGUUUGAUUUUUCUUGGGAUUGCUGUCUCAUUUUAAGCUUGCCUGCCUAUGUGUCCUUAUAAGCAACACCAACAGCGUUGAAGCUGUCAGCAUAGACUCCAUGAAACAUUGUCAGCUUUCAUAUUUAGCUCUGUACAUCCUUGAUAACUUGUGUUGACUAUAGCAGAGGCCUUAGAAGAGGUCUGCCUAUUGGCUUUUUAGCAGGAUGUAGACCAGCGGGAUCCCCGUGGCCGGACCUCAUUGCAUCUUGCUGUUUCUUUGGGAUACAUCGAGUCUGUCAGAGUCCUCCUGCGGCAUAAAGCAGAUGUCACCAAAGAAAAUGCACAGGGAUGGACAGGUAAGGGGUUGCAGCAAGGCAUGUUUGCAGCAAAAGGGAGGAGAACAGAGGAAGAACUUCAGGCAGGGCCUAGACCAGUGUUGGGCAGAAGGUAAAGCUGUUGGUCUACUAGUCGAUCGCUCGUUGAUUUGGUGCUUCAAGGAACCACCAACUUGGAUUCCUGGGCAAGGAAUUCCAAUUCCCACUUGUUUAAAUAGGGCACCAACAACACAGUUCCCACCACCCUUUAAAUUAGACUUUUGAAACAAAGAAAGCUUGGGUUAAGCAGGAGAGAACCUUUGUAGGACAGGUUUAUGAGCUCCAGUUCAGUUCUGGUACUGAAAACAGCUCAGAGGCACUCUGCUCUUUCAUUCUAGUGUUACGUUAAAUUUGGGGACUCCAGUAACAAAAGGAAAAGUAGAUCUGACCAGGCUAAAGCAUGCCUAUUCUAGGCCUAGAUGUUUCUAUGCUUUCAGCAGAAGGUGUAGGCAGGUCCUGGAGCUUCUGAGGAUGGCUGUCCAGGGAGCUAAGAAAGUUCCAGAAAAGCAGGAGUGAAAGUUCAUGUUCUUGUUUGAACUGGCUCACUAGUUGCAAGUAUCCAGCAUGAUGUGAAUCCCUUUCCCUCUCUCUUAGCUUCCCUCUGUUUGUCUUUUUUCCAGUCUUGCAUGAAGCUGUCAGCACAGGGGAUCCUGAGAUGGUCCACAUGAUCCUGCAACAUAGGGAUUACCACCAAACGUCCACCACUCUUGGUGGGGUCCCAGAAUUGCUCCAAAAAAUUAAUGAGGUAAAUAGAGAGGCAUGAAUGAUGCCUAUUUAGCUUGCCAGUUCUUUUUAAUUCCAUAACCUUCAUUUUAAAGGCUAUAGAUAGGCCUCAGCUCAGUUAUAGACAAGAAAUGUAAAAUUUCUGAGAAAACCCUGGGGGGAAGCUACCCAUUCUUUAGUUGAGCAUGCUCGCAAUAAGUGCAUGCAGGGUUGCAACCUCAAUGGUAUGAGUGUUUUAGAUUGCUGCUUAAUGCAGAUGGCUGGGAGACUGACUUCUGAGUUGUUGUUGUUUAGUCGUUUAGUCGUGUCCGACUCUUCGUGACCCCAUGGACCAGAGCACGCCAGGCACUCCUGUCUUCCACUGCCUCCCGCAGUUUGGUCAGACUCAUGUUUGUAGCUUUGAGAACACUGUCCAACCAUCUCGUCCUCUGUCAUCCCCUUCUCCUUGUGCCCUCAAUCUUUCCCAACAUCAGGGUCUUUUCCGGGGAGUCUUCUCUUCUCAUGAGGUGGCCAAAGUAUUGGAGCCUCAGCUUCAGGAUCUGUCCUUCCAGUGAGCACUCAGGGCUGAUUUCCUUAAGAAUGGAUUGGUUUGAUCUUCUUGUAGUCCAUGGGACUCUCAAGAGUCUCCUCCAGCGCCAUAAUUCAAAAGCAUCAAUUCUUCGGUGAUCAGCCUUCUUUAUGGUCCAGCUCUCCCUUCCAUACAUCGCUACUGGGAACUAUACAGGCCUUUGUUGGCUAGGUGAUAUCUCUGCUUUUUAAGAUGCUGUCUAGGUUUAUCAUCGCUUUUCUCCCAAGAAGCAGGCAUCUUUUAAUUUCGUGACUGCUGUCACCAUCUGCAGUGAUCAUGGAGCCCAAGAAAGUAAAAUCUCUCACUGCCUCCAUUUCUUCCCCUUCUAUUUGCCAGGAAGUGAUGGGCCCAGUGGCCAUGAUCUUGGUUUUUUUGAUGUUGAGCUUCAGACCAUAUUUUGCGCUCUCCUCUUUCACCCUCAUUAAAAGGUUCUUUAAUUCCUCCUCACUUUCUGCCAUCAAGGUUGUGUCAUCUGCAUAUCUGAGGUUGUUGAUAUUUCUUCCAGCAAUCUUAAAUCCAGUUUGGGAUUCAUCCAGCCCAGCCUUUCGCAUGAUGAAUUCUGCAUAUAAGUUAAAUAAGCAGGGAGACCGUAUACAGCCUUGUCGUACUCCUUUCCCAAUUUUGAACCCAUCAGUUGUUCCAUAUCCAGUUCUAACUGUAGCUUCUUGUCCUACAUAGAGAUUUCUCAGGAGACAGAUGAGGUGAUCAGGCACUCCCAUUUCUUUAAGAACUUGCCAUAGUUUGCUGUGGUUGACACAGUCAAAGGCUUUUGCAUCGUCAAUGAAGCAGAAGUAGAUGUCUUUCUGGAACUCUCUAGCUUUCUCCAUAAUCCAGCACGUUUGCAAUUUGGUCUCUGGUUCCUCUGCCCCUUCGAAAUCCAGCUUGCACUUCUGGGAGUUCUCGGUCCACAUACUGCUUGAGCCUGCCUUGUAGAAUUUUAAGCAUAACCUUGCUAGCGUGUGAAAUGAGUGCAAUUGUGCGGUAUUGAAGCAUUCUUUGACACUGCCCUUCUUUGGGAUUGGGAUGUAGACUGAUUUUCUCCAAUCCUCUGGCCACUGCUGAGUUUUUCAAAUUUGCUGGCAUAUUGAGUGUAGCACCUUAACAGCACAAUCUUUUAAAAUUUUAAAUAGUUCAGAUGGAAUAUCAUCACUUCCACUGGCCUUGUUAUUAGCAGUGGUUUCUAAGGCCCAUUUGACUUCACUCUCCAGGAUGUCUGGCUCAGGGUUAGCAACCACACUACCUAGGGUGUACGAGACAUCCAUAUCUUUCUGGUAUAAUUCCUCUGUGUAUUCUUGCCACCUCUUCUUGAUGUCUUCUGCUUCUGUUAGGUCCUUACCACUUUUGUCCUUUAUUAUGGUAAUCUUUGUACGAAAUGUUCCUCUUUGUACGAAAUUUUCUUGAACAGAUCUCUGGUUUUUCCCAUUCUAUUGUUUUCCUCUAUUUCUUUGCAUUGCUCAUUUAAGAAGGCCUUCUUGUCUCUCCUUGCUAUUUUUUGGAAAUCUGCAUUCAAUUUCCUGUAUCUUUCACUAUCUCCCUCGCAUUUUGCUUGCCUUCUCUCCCCUGCUAUUUGUAAGGCCUCGUUGGACAGCCACUUUGCUUUCUUGCAUUUCCUUUUCAUUGGGAUGGUUUUCGUUGCUGCCUCCUGUAUAAUGUUACGAGCCUCCAUCCAUAAUUCUUCAGGCACUCUGUCCACCAAAUCUAAAUCCUUAAACCUGUUCCUCACUUCCACUGUGUAUUCAUUAGGGAUUUGAUUUAGAUUGUAUCUCACUGACCCAGUGGUUUUUCCUACUUUCUUCAGUUUAAGCUGGAAUUUUGCUAUAAGAAGCUGAUGAUCUGAGCCACAGUCAGCUCCAGGUCUUGUUUUUGCUGACUGUAUAGAGCUUCUCCAUCUUUGGCUGCAGAGAAUAUAAUCAGUCUGAUUUCGAUGCUGCACAUCUGGUGAUGUCCAUGUGUAGAGUCGUUUCUUGGGUUGUUGGAAAAGUGUGUUUGUGAUGACCAGCUUGUUCUCUUCGCAGAACUCUAUUAGACUUUGCCCUGCUUCGUUUUGAACUCCAAAGCCAAACUUGCCAGUUGUUCCUUUUAUCUCUUGACUCCCUACUUUAGCAUUCCAAUCCCCUAUAAUGAGAAGAACAUCCUUCUUUGGUGUCAUUUCUAGAAGGUUUUGUAAGUCUUCAUAGAAUUGGUCAAUUUCAGUUUCUUCAGCACCAGUCAUUGGUGCAUAAACUUGGAUUACUGUGAUGUUAAACGGUCUGCCUUGGAUUCGUAUCGAGAUCAUUCUGUCAUUUUUGAGAUUGCAUCCCAGUACAGCUUUCUCCACUCUUUUGUUUACUAUGAGGGCCACUUCAUUUCUUUUACGGGUUUCUUGCCCACAGUAGUAGAUACACAGUCAUCCGAACUGAAUUUGCCCAUUCCUGUCCAUUUUAGUUUACUGGUGCCCUGGAUGUCAAUAUUUAUUCUUGCCAUCUCAUUUUUAACCACAUCCAACUUACCAAGGUUCAUGGUUCUUACAUUCCAAGUUCCUAUGCAAUAUUUUUCUUUACAACAUUGGACUUUCCUUUCGCUUCCAGGCAUAUCCGCAACUGAGCGUCCUUUCGGCUUUGGCCAGCUGCUUCAUCAGCUCUGAAUCUACUUGUACUUGUCCUCCGCUCUUCCUCAGUAGCAUGUUGGAUGCCUUCUGACCUGAGGGGCUCAUCUUCCAGCGUCAUAACUUUUAUAUGCCUGUUGUCUUUGUCCAUGGAGUUUUCUUGGCAGGGAUACUGGAGUGGCUUGCCGGUUCCUGCUCCAGGUGGAUCACUUUUGGUCAAAACUCUCCACUAUGACCUGUCCAUCUUGGGUGGCCCUGCACGGCAUAGCUCAUAGCUUCUCUGAGUUAUUCAAGCCCCUUCACCACGGCAAGGCAGUGAUCCAUGAAGGGGACUUCUGAGUAGAUGUACAUAAAAUUGUGCUGAAGGUUUUGCAGUGGGGUGUUGCAGUCAUUGGAGGAACACAGUGAAAAGAACAGCAGAUGCCUAAUACUUCUGUCUAAUGUCUUAAUGCAACAGCAGCGGGGAACCUUCGGUCACUGGCCUUACUGGGCCCUCCAGACCUCUCCAGUUGGCCAAGCCAUACCCCCUGCUGCGAUAUAUGAGAUCAGUUGUGGGUCUUAUAAAGUCAUGGCUGGUGAAAGCGCUUUGAAGCCUCAGCUAUUGGCUGAUUGUUGAAGCUUCAAAUUGCAAGGAUUUUUGCAAGCCUCAAAGAUCAGCCGGUGGUAAGAGCUUAAAGAGCACCCAGAACAGCCAACCGCCUGCUGUUCAUCUGUGUGUUGACCAAGUUCUCUUUAUGAAAACCACUUAAUGAUGUGGCCACUUCAUCGUCAUGAGGCCUGCAGGCUGCAAGUUCCAUGCCAUUUGUGCAAUAUUGCAUUCAUUUCAUUUUAAAGUAACACAUUGGAUUUUAUAGGCCCUACCCCAGUCUGAAUCACACAUCACAACUGUGCUCUUUUCCCUCCCCCAACAGACACCAGAUUUUUAUGUGGAAAUGAAAUGGGAAUUCACCAGUUGGGGUACGUUCAAAUUAAAUUUCCUUCUCUUUCCUUUUGUGUUCAGCUCACUCUUACUGGGACUUGCUUGUUUUCAGUUAUGUUGCACUAUGUCUAUGUGUCUGUCCUGCCAAAACUCCCUAAGAGCCCCCAAAGGGUCUGUGUUUAACCUGAGUGCACAUAUACAAACCACAUGCUAGAUAGUGAACCACAAGAGGUGAGAGCAUCUUCCCUACAAGGAAAGGCUAUAUCAGGGAUGAGGAACAUGCUGCUCUGCACACCCUGUUGGGCUACAGUUCCUGUUCUCCUGGCCCUUGCCAAGGCUGGCUGCUGGUGGUGGGAGUUGGGAGUCCAGCAGCAUCUGGAGGGGCUGCAGGGUCCUCACCUGCCCGCCUGCCGCCACCCAGUUUAGGAAAAAGCAUGAUUGGAAAGGGGCCUGCCAGAGGUUUGUGAGUUCAUGGGUGGUACUGAGAGAUUUUCCUCCCUUGCAAUAUUAGAACUUGGGGUGGGGUCCUCCAAUGAAACUGAUAGGGAGGAGAUUCUGGACAGGUGAGAGAAAAGUCUGCAAAACGAAGAUUUAUUGUUUGGAAUUGGCUGCUGUAAGACAGCUAGCUACUGGGUUACGCAUAUAGUGGUAAAUUUUGACAUGCAGCAGCUCGUCAUGAUGUUCCUGAAGCCUUGCUCUCCCAGUGCUGUGCUGCAGGUGGGAUUCCUGGGACUCUCCAGGAGGCCAGUCCUGGAAGCAGAAGACCAGACUCUGUGGGCCACAGGUUUGACCUCACAGGGGACCUUGGGUAUUGGAGUCUUCUUUUGCAAAAGGUACUUUUCUUUUCUCUCCCUUUCUCCAACUACCAACAGUUCCGCUGGUUUCCAGAGUUUGCCCCAGCGAUGUUUGCCGCAUCUGGAAGAGCGGUGCAAAGCUGCGAGUUGACAUCACACUGCUGGGAUUUGAGAACAUGAGCUGGGAACGAGGGAAGCGCAGUCUGAUCUUCAGGGGGGAAGAAGGUAGGCAGAGAGGGGGACAGGGCUUGCAGGCUUGCAGGCUGGGGUUGCUGAGAUACAAUGGCGCCUGGCACACUUCCCCUGUGCCGAUGGACGCCUGUGCUGAUAGAAAAAACUUGAGCUCUCUUUGAAGCUCUUAGCAGAGUUCUGCAGCGGUAGAAAGUGUUGCCUUGUGUGUGGAUAAUAAAUCAGACUGUUCGCAGGCUUCUUGCUAAUCUCUUAACAGCCUUUAAUGAGAAGAAAAACAUCAUAAAUCUGUCCCGGCAAGAGAGCAGGCAUUUCUUUCGUCUCUCAGCCAAAAACGAAAAGAAGCUCACACACAAAGAAAGAUUCCCGUAUGUGAACAUAACCACGCCUCAGAAUGUGAGAUGUCACACAGAACUGUUUAACCCUGUAAGUUCUGAUUCUCCUCACACCCCCUCUCGUCUCGCAUCCUGAGGGAAACUGUGAGUAUAACUCACCCCAAACACAACCCUUCACAGAACUCCCCAUGUCGCUGGAAGGUCAAGGGUUUAGUAAACCCAUCAGCUAGGUUCUCCCGGCUCGAACAAUACUUGAGCCGUAUCCAACCUGCCGGGACACUCUGACAUACAUUCUGGAAACGUAUGUCCAAAUGCUUGGUUCUGGACUUGAACUGUCUAGAUUCUGCCAACCUAAGACAAGGUUGAUUCUCUCCCCAAACAGUUAUGGACAAGUUACAAUCCCCACAGAUCUCUUGGAUCAAGCACCGGUAGAAGUCCAACUCCCUGCACAAAUCCGACAACGCACUGAACUCAGCCUCAGUGGAAGAAAGUGCAAUAAGACUUUGCUUCCGGGACUUCCACCCAACCAGGGAUUCCCCGAACUUUACCACCAGCCCAGACACCGACUUCCUGUCCCCAAGAGAAGCCCAAUCGCUGUCACUCCAGCACGUAAGCCGUGCGUCACCUUCAGCUGACAAUGUGAGGCAAAAAUCUUUGGUAUCCUGCAAAUACCUCAACACUCUCUUGAUGCCUUGCCAGGCAUUCACACUGGGCUUUGUAGCCUCCCUGCUGAGCAGAUUCACAGCAAACGCUAUGUCUGGUCUGCUCCACUGAGAGAGAUACAACAGACUCCCUAGCGCUGACUGAAACACCUCAGGGUUUUGGAACUCAGAACGCUCCCCAAGCUGACUGUCCUUCACGAAGUUGGUCUCCAUGGGUGUUCUGACCCCUGCACAGUCAGACAUCCGGAACUUCUCAAGCAACUGCUCAAUCUUACCUUUCUGACUGAGCAAGAAGCUCCCGUUCUCAGACCUGUUUAUCCUAACGCCUAGAUAAACCUGAACAAGACCAAGGUUUUUGAGCUUAAACUUCUUACCAAGCUCUUUGGCAAAACAUUGCACCUGUCUACCUGUCUGUGCCACGUACAGAAUAUCAUCUACAAACACCAGAAUUGCCUCCUGUGUCUCUCCUGACUCCUUGAAUGAAUGAAUUUAUUAAUACGGUCACAGACCAGCGCCAACACACACAACAUCACAGAUCCUGACUCCUUCAGGUACAGGCAACUGUCUGCAAGACUCUUCCGGAAACCCAAACUUUCCAGAGCUUCAUUCAGGCACAUGUUCCAAUUUCUGGCUGACUGUUUCAAACCAUAAAUUGACUUGUGCAGCUUCCACACAACACCUGGUUCACUGCCCUCAAACCCUGGAGGAGGUAACAUGUACAGAUCCUCCUUCAAAUUCGAGUUCAAAUAAGCCACAUCCACAUCAAAGUGGUGCACUUGGUGCCCUCUUUGAGCAGCUACUGCUAAAAGCAUGCACAGAGUCUCACUCCAGGAAGUAGGAGCAUACACUUCGGUGUAAUGCAACCCCCUUCUCUGCGAGAACCCUCUGGCUACAAGCCUCGCCUUGUACUGUGGUUCUCCAGACGCUGUGGGCUUAAUCCUGUAAACCCAACGACAGCUCACGGCCUGCUUGCCCUCUGGCAGCUUCGUGGUGGAGAACACACCUAAGGACCUCAUUGAGUUCAACUCCUUUCCCAUUGCCUCUUGCCACUUCCUGGCUUCUGCUUCAGGCAACUGUUGAACCUCCUCAAAACUCUCUGUUUCGCACUGCGCUAAACCAACCCACACGCUGGUGACCUCAAACCUCUCAGGUGGUACCCCCUUUGUAGUGCGUGUGGAACGUCUGAGCACUCUCAGGUGCUCCCUCUGACCCACUGGGGCCAGCUAGUGGGUCUCUGACAUCAGAAGACUCCCCCUCUGACUUACUGCGUCUUCUGGCCUUCUGCACUUGACUAACGGGAGACGAAGGCUCACUUUUGGGCUCUCUUUUAACAACCUGUGGAGAUGCCCCUCCCUGUUCUUGACCCUGGUCAGAGACCUGGUCCUCAUCAACAGGUUCAGCUUCUAACUCUCCCUCCUCAGCAGAAUCAGACAGACUCUCUGAGAGAACGUCAGGAUUCGCGUGGAUCCUUGACCCACCCACUCUGCACACAGAACUCAGCACUCCUGCUGACUAGAAUCCUGGAUUGAUCGCCUUUUGGAUAGGCAAACCUCCACCCUUUUGUCCCAGGCUCGUACCCACAAAAGAUCAUUUUCCGGGACCUCGGGUCACCCUUCUUGCAUUGAGCCUUUGGCACAAGCACCCAAGCUUCGCAACCAAACACACGGAAGAAAUGCACCUUGGGCUUCUUCCCGUGCAGCAGAAAAUAGGGCGUGUCCCCUACAACAGAGCUAUAGGACCUGUUCAACGUGAAGCUGGCAGCUUUCCAAGCUUCUGCCCAAAAGCUCUGAGGCAAACCAGCGUCAAACAGUAGAGCGUCAGCUGGCUCUGCUAGCGUUCUGUUCCGGCGCUCCGCUACGCCAUUCUCCUGAGGAGAAAAAGCAACCGUCAACCUGUGACUUAUCCCCUUCUGGCAGAAGAAACUCUGCAGAGCAGACCCGGUGAACUCUCUGCCUCGGUCACUCUGAAAACUCUGCACCUUGGUGGAAAACUGUAGUUCCACCGCCGCAACCCAGUCUUUGAUCAGUUGCGCCGCCUUGCUUUUCCGUUUAAGCGAGAAAAUCCAGCCGUUCCUCGAAAAAUCAUCUGUCAGCGUGAGCGCAUACCUGGCUCCACCCAUACUCGGCACUGGCAUGGGUCCACAAAGGUCUGUCUGCACUAGCUCAAAAGGCCUUGUGGUUACCCUCUCCGAUCUGGGAUAACUGCACCUUUUUAUCUUUGCUCUUUUGCAUGCCCUACAAUCCAAGAAUUUAUCACAUGCUUUCAUCUUACAACCCUCAGUGCAUUCUGGCAACUUCUGAAUAUAUUUCCAACAGCUAUGCGACAUUCUCCUGUGCCACAAGUGAGCACACGAAUCAUGUAUGGGAACGUUAGCACACUGCGCCUGUGCUGUCUCAGCGUCCCCCUUACCCUCCAGAGGUGUCUCCAGAACAAAGAGGUUGUUCUGACAUGCAACAUUGACCAGUUGUUUCCCACCCCUGGAAAUAGAACAGACAUCAUUUUCAAAGCAAACCUUAUAACCCUCCUUUACAAGAGCAGAUACAGAUAAAAGACAACACUUCAUUCCUGGCACAACGUAGACUUCCAGCUCUGCCUGUAAAAAAGAAACAAACACAUUGCCAACAGUGGUUAAUUGUCUCUGUGAGCCAUCAGCAAGAGAGACUGUUUUCCCAGUUGAAACAGCCCUGCAGUUCCACAUUUCGCUACAAGAUGGCAUCAGGUGAUGGCUGGCUCCUGAGUCGAUGACCCAACGCAGCAUGCUGCCCUCACUGGAGUUGUCCUUUAGCGUUGCCAUGGAGGCAGCUAGGUGAUAAGAAGAACCGUCCUUCUCACUUCCUCUGUCACAUCCUCCCUUCGUAUUCCCACGCUGGCCUCCUCUCCUAGACUGGCUGCCAUGGAAACCUGGCUGGCUGCCACAAGGACUUGGCUGACUGCCACGGGAAGCGACCUUGGAGACAUCCUGCCCGGCCUCUCUGGCUCUCCUCGGACAGGACCAACGCAGGUGGUCAACAGACCUGCAGACAUAGCAACAACGAGUGGAAAAAGCCUGAACUGUGCCUUCUGGCUUGGCCCCCCCUCUGUUACCGGCAGGGCACCCUGAGCCAGCUCGGCCCUCUCUGAGACGGCGUUCCUCCUCGUCACACAAACAACUGGUGGAAAACUUUGCAAACUUGCCUUUGGUCUUCUCUGCCCCCCCAACCUUGCCAGCAGCUCUCCUUGAGGCUGUACUGCAUCUGGGGACGUGGCUUUUGGCUUCCGCUGUGGUUUCUCGGCAAACCCUCUCCAGCUCCUGCCAAACAGCCUGGGCACUGUCAAGACCCUCCACCAAAGGUAGCUGUGAGCCCUCCAAACUGAGCACGAUAGCUCCCAGGGCUUCCUGGUCUUUCCUCUGUGAGGCAUGGGCAGCUGCAACGACCGCUGCUGCAGCUCCGGCUGGAGAUUGCUGUGGGGGCCCUUGGAUCGCCUCCCACAGACCCUUGGCUACCAGCCAGGCCUUCAGCUUCCUAGACCACUCUUUCCAGUUGCUCCCAUUUAAUUUUUCAAAUUCCUGGCCAUCUGCCAUCUUUUCCCCCGGGGCUGAGCCUACUCACGUCACCAGCAGCUCCUCUUGGCACCCAGUCCUGAAGAUGAGAUUCUCCCCAGCAAGCUUCACUGCCUCAAAUGUUAAGCAGGAGCUCCAGCUGGCUUCUCCCCCACACACAGGCACGAUGUGGCAACAGCUUGCAAAGCUUGGCUAGUUCCCAUAACCUGCUGAGAUACGAUGGCGCCCGGCACACUUCCCCUGUGCCGAUAGAAAAAACUUGAGCUCUCUUUGAAGCUCUUAGCAGAGCUCUGCAGCGGUAGAAAGUGUUGCCUUGUGUGUGGAUAAUAAAUCAGACUGUUCGCAGGCUUCUUGCUAAUCUCUAACAGCCUUUAAUGAGAAGAAAAACAUCAUAAAUCUGUCCCGGCGAGAGAGCAGGCAUUUCUUUCGUCUCUCAGCUAAAAACGAAAGGAAGCUCACACACAAAGAAAGAUUCCCGUAUGUGAACAUAACCACGCCUCAGAAUGUGAGACGUCACACAGAACUGUUUAACCCUGUAAGUUCUGAUUCUCCUCACAGGGGUUGCAGGGCCCUGGAGGGCAAGAGGUGAGGCAUUUCCAUCAGUCAGAGGCACGACCAGCAGUGAUCCCAGCAGUCUGUUGGAGGCAGAAAGUAAGGCUGCAAUCCUAAUAACCCCACUGAGUUCAAUAGGGCUUACUCCUGAGUAAACAUAGUUAGGAUUGUGCUGUGAGUUGUGCAGGAAGACAGUCUCUCUGCAGUGGGGCAGGUAGAGGUGGAGUACAUGGCUUCCUUGAUAAUGUUUGGGUUUUUCCCCCAAAGGCUAAGAGUGCAACAUGCAUUUCUGGAUUGUCACCCAGGUGAUGCCUCUUGCUCAGUACAGCAAAAAGGCCUAACUGAAAACCUUUGCCUUUGUUUGUUUACAAAGCCCAGGAAAUGGUGUUUCCAUUCCACUUGAAGAAGGGCUCUGCAAAAUUCAGAAACUUGCAGAGUCCUUCACCUACCUGAGUUGGCUCCAUUAAUGUCACCUGACCACAUUAGGCCUUUACUAUCCUUUGGGCACCCAUUGUUGGCUAUCACUGUCCUUGGUUAUUGUUAUUGGUCUACAGAGGAGCAAGCAGAAUGUGCCUUGCAAUGCUUCAGCUUCCCCAAGCUGUUGAGUUAAACAGAUCACAAUGUUUUUUAUUUAUUCAUUUAUUUGUUGCAUUUAUGUGCCACCUUUUCCUCCAAGGAGCUCAAGGUGGUGUACAUGGUUCUCCGCUUCCUCAUUUAGUCCCCACAACAACCCUGUAAGGUAGAUUAGUCUGAGAGGCAAGGAAUGGCCCAAGUUCACGUAGAGAGCUUCAUGGCUGAGUGGGAAUUUGAACCCUGGCUUGUCCCAGGGCCUAGUCAGACACUCUAACCUCCAUCCCACACUGGCUCUCUGCCAAAAAAAGACACACUCAAAAUGAUGCACAGUAAUAUUAUUUUGUUGAAAAAAUAAUAAUCCAAAAGUAUAAAGGAAAACAUCGACCUUAUACCAUUUUAAACCCAGCAAUCAGUUUAAAAACCAGGUGCUGCCUUCACACUUGGGAGUAGCCUGCUCUUCCCCCAAUGGAUAUCAAUCCUGAUAUCCCCACAUGGUGAGUGAGUGAGCAGGCCAUGCCUUGUCCCUAAAAGCUUGUCAGGUGGGUGAGGGAACUCACAGGAACUCUCUGUCUCUUUCGUCCAGUUUUCAACUUUUUGCUCUGCACCUUAACUCCUCAGUUGUGACUCCUGAGCCCUCUGUCUGUUGCUGAGCCUGUCAUGUUACUUGCCCAAAUAAAGAUCACUCUCUUACUCCCAAGUAAGGGCCUUUGUGUGCAUGUGCUGGCCAGGAGCCCAGAAAAGCAUCUUCCUCCUCUCUCCAGAUACUGGGAACUGGGCAGAGCUGAUCGAGGUGAACCACGAUGAGAAGGUGGUUGCCACGGAGCGCUUUGAGAUCACCCAGCAAAUCAAGCGCCUGACCUUGGACUCCAUGACCCCGAAGACCAAGGAGGUGGAGAGGCGGCUCACCUCUCCCAUCAUCAGCACUUCCCUGGACACAAGGAACAUUGCCUUUGAAAGGUGAGGAGGAGGAGGAGGCCAGAGCUCUCAGGCUCUCCUUUGCCCUUUGGGAGGGAGGGACAGGCACUGGUCUUGUGGGACAAGGCUCAAGUUUGGGUCUCCAGCAGCUGUUCCCCAAGCAGUCUUAGAAUCAUAGAAUCAUAGAGUUGGAAGAGACCACAAGGGCCAUCGAGUCCAACCCCCUGCCAAGCAGGAAACACCAUCAGAGCACUCCUGACAUAUGGUUGUCAAGCCUCUGCUUAAAGACCUCCAAAGAAGGAGACUCCACCACACUCCUUGGCAGCAAAUUCCACUGUCGAACAGCUCUUACUGUCAGGAAGUUCUUCCUAAUGUUUAGGUGGAAUCUUCUUUCUUGUAGUUUGGAUCCAUUGCUCCGUGUCCGCUUCUCUGGAGCAGCAGAAAACAACCUUUCUCCCUCCUCUAUGUGACAUCCUUUUAUAUAUUUGAACAUGGCUAUCAUAUCACCCCUUAACCUCCUCUUCUCCAGGCUAAACAUGCCCAGCUCCCUUAGCCGUUCCUCAUAAGGCAUCGUUUCCAGGCCUUUGACCAUUUUGGUUGCCCUCCUCUGGACACGUUCCAGUUUGUCAGUGUCCUUCUUGAACUGUGGUGCCCAGAACUGGACACAGUACUCCAGGUGAGGUCUGACCAGAGCAGAAUACAGUGGCACUAUUAUUUCCCUUGAUCUAGAUGCUAUACUCCUAUUGAUGCAGCCCAGAAUUGCAUUGGCUUUUUUAGCUGCCGCGUCACACUGUUGGCUCAUGUCAAGUUUGUGGUCAACCAAGACUCCUAGAUCCUUUUCGCAUGUACUGCUCUCAAGCCAGGUGUCCCCCAUCUUGUAUUUGUGCCUCUCAUUUUUUUUGCCCAGGUGCAAUACUUUACAUUUCUCCCUGUUAAAAUUCAUCUUGUUUGUUUUGGCCCAGUUCUCUAAUCUGUCAAGGUCGUUUUGAAGUGUGAUCCUGUCCUCUGGGGUGUUAGCCACCCCUCCCAGUUUGGUGUCAUCUGCAAAUUUGAUCAGGAUGCCCUUGAGUCCAUCAUCCAAGUCGUUGAUAAAGAUGUUGAAUAAGACCGGGCCCAAGACAGAACCCUGUGGCACCCCACUAGUCACUCUUCUCCAGGAUGAAGAGGAACCAUUGAUGAGCACCCUUUGGGUUCGGUCAGUCAGCCAGUUACAAAUCCACUGAGUGGUAGCAUAGUCAAGCCCGCAUUUUACCAGCUUCUUUACAAGAAUAUCAUGGGGCAACUUGUCAAAUGCCUUGCUGAAAUCAAGGUAGGCUACAUCCACUGCGUUCCCUUCAUCUACCAGGCUUGUAAUUCUGUCAAAAACGAGAUCAGGUUAGUCUGACACGACUUAUUUUUCAGAAAUCCAUGCUGACUAUUGGUGAUCACAGCAUUCCUUUCUAGGUGCUCACAGACUGUUUGCUUAAUGAUCUGCUCCAGAAUCUUCCCUGGUAUUGAUGUCAGACUGACUGGGCGGUAAUUAUUUGGGUCCUCUCUUUUCCCCUUUUUGAAAAUAGGGACAACAUUUGCCCUCCUCCAGUCUGCCGGGACUUCGCCUGUUCUCCAGGAAUUCUCAAAGAUGACUGCCAGUGGUUCUGAGAUCACAUCUGCCAGUUCUUUUAAUACUCUUGGAUGCAGUUCAUCUGGCCCUGGAGACUUGAAUACAUCUAAACUAGCCAAGUAUUCUUGUACUAUCUCCUUAGUUAUUCUGGGCUGUGUUUCCUUUGCUGAAUCAUUUGCUCCAAAUUCUUCAGGUCGGGCAUUGUUUUCUUUAUCGGAGAAGACUGAGGCAAAGAAGGCAUUGAGGAGUUCAGCCCUUUCUGUGUCCCCUGUUUGCAUUUCACCAUCUUUUCCUCUGAGUGACCCCACUGUUUCUUUGUUCUUCCUUUUGCUACGAACAUACCCAUAAAAGCCUUUUUUGUUGCUUUUAACCUCUCUAGCAAGCCUGAGUUCAUUCUGUGCUUUAGCUUUUCUGACUUUGUGUCUACACGUGUUGGCUAUUUGUUUGAAUUCCUCUUUGGUGGUUUCCCCCCUUUUCCAUUUUUUGUACACAUCCUUUUUUUAAUCUUAACUCAGUUAAAAGUUCUUUAGAUAGCCACCCUGGCUUCUUUAGGCACCUUCCAUGUUUCCGUCUCAUUGGUAUUGCCUGACGUUGUGCUUUUAGUAUCUCCCUCUUAACAAACUCCCAGCCAUCAUGAACUCCCUUUCCUUUUAGUAUUACUGUCCAUGGGAUCUCACCCAGCACUUCCCUAAGUUUUAUGAAGUCGGCUUUCUUAAAGUCAAGAAAUUGAGUCCUAGUAUGCUUGGCUGCUCCUUUCCGCUGUAUAGUAAACUUCAGAAGAGCAUGAUCACUCGCGCCUAAUGAUCCUUCCACUUCUACCCCACUAACCAGGUCAUCAACAUUGGUUAGGACCAGAUCUAAAAUGGCUGUUCCUCUUGUUGCUUCUCCCACUUUCUGGACAAUGAAGUUGUCUGCAAGGCCAGGGAGGAAUCUGUUUGACCUUAUGCUCUUGGCUGAGUUUGACAUCCAACAAAUAUCCGGGUAAUUGAAGUCCCCCAUUACUACUAUCUCCCUUCGUUUUGCAUGCUUGGCCAUCUGUUCCAGGAAGGCAUCUUCUAUGUCCUCCGUUUGGCUUGGGGAUCUAUAGUAAACUCCCACAAUGAGGUCACUGUUCUUCUUCUCUCCCUUAAUUUUGACCCCAAUGCUCUCACUUUGGCUUUGAGGUUCUAAAUCUUGGAUCUCUUCACAGGUAUACACAUCCCUGACAUAUAACGCCACUCCUCCUCCUUUCUUGUCUGGUCUGUUUCUCUGAAAUAGAUUGUAUCCCGCCAUUAUUACAUUCCAAUCGUGGGACUUAUCCCACCAGGUUUCAGUGAUGCCUAUUAUGUCAUAUUUAGUUUGCUGUACCAAGAGCUCAAGCUCAUCUUGUUUAUUUCCCAUGCUUUGCGCAUUAGUGUACAGACAUUGAAGUCCAUUAAUCAUUCCCCGUGUCUCUUAUUUAAGGAUUUUUUCCUCCCACCACUAGGUCUGCGUGCUGUUUGCUCCAUUUGGUCUAUGACAUUUGGAUGAUCAUCUUCAUCAAUUGAUAGACUCCUACCUUCAGGAGCACUGUCUCCCUCCCCACAUUAGUCAGUUUAAAGCCCUCCUGAUGAGGUUUCUGAGAUUUUUGGCAAAAACAUUUCUCCCAACCGUUGUGAGGUGCAGCCCAUCGCUUGCCAGAAGUCCAUCUUCAAGAAACUGCAGUCCGUGAUCUAAGAAUCCAAACCGUUCCUGUUUACACCAUUUGCGAAGCCAGCUGUUCACUUCCACUAUUUUUCCCUCUCUCCCUGGGCCACGUCGUUCAACUGGGAGGACAGAUGAGAUGACAAUUUGUGCAUUUAAUUGCUUCAAUUUCCUGCCCAGAGCCUCGUAGUCUCUUUUGAUCUUCUGGAGGCUAUUGCUUGCAGUGUCAUUGGUUCCCACAUGAACCAAGAGGAAGGGGUAUUUGUCAGUGGGUUUUAUGAUUCCUUGCAGUCGUUCAGUUACAUCUUGGAUCUUAGCCCCGGGAGACAGCACACUUCCCGAGACAUCUUGUCAGGCCCACAGAUCACUGCUUCUGUUCCCCUCAGUAGGGAAUCCCCUAUCACCACUACACGCCUCCUCUUAGGUUUGGUCGGGGUUCUUCCGUGAGCUGUCCGUUCCAAGGUCGCCUGCACAUUCCCUGAGGACUGACUUUGCUGCUCGUCUUCAUAUACCUGAUCGACUGUAAUGAGGGAGAGAUCCUCAAAUGGAGUCUGCUCUUCAUCUUCCAUGCUAGGGGAGAGGACCUCAAAGCGAUUGUGUAUUUCUAAACAAUCAGAGCGAACCUUGGGCCUCCUACUUCUUUGAGUCACGUUUCUCCAUAUAUCUGGCUCCUGUGUUGGUGUACUAGCCUCCUUGUCAAGGGAGUCCCCUGUCUCCUCCUUGGUGGAGACGGUGUGCUCUGUUGCUUCCAAGAAAAGCUCCAGCUCCCUAAUUCUUUGGAGCGUAGCUACACGUUCCUCCAGUUGCUGGACUUUGUCUUUUAAGAGGGCAAUCAACAUGCAAUUGCUGCAGGUAAAGCUGCCUGCAACCUUUGGCAAGAUGGCAAACAUUGCGCAGGAACCGCAGGCGACUGCAGCUGUUCCCUCCCCCUCCAUCUUGCGAACGUGUCAUUGGGGGUGGCUACAGCGGUCCUCCAUCAAAAAAAAAAAAGCGUAAAGACAGGACAAAUAACUCCCCCCACAAAAAAAACCUAGGUCUCCCCCAACAAACGUUUGAGACUAGCUCUCCUAAAUCUAAAACAGAAACCCUGCCCCCUCUGACCUUUGCACAGGGAGAACAGCUAAUCAGCCACAAAGAAACACACACACACAAGAAACCCUUUUUGCUCCUUCUUCCAGCCUUGCCCAGCCUGGUGCCCUCCAGACAUUUUGAACUGCAAUGGCACCCCCAUAAGUAAGGCUGCCUGGUUGGCUACCCCUGCCCUAGAUCUCAUAUAGCCCCAGUUUCAGAGUCUGGCGCAGGGAGAGGAGGCAUCCAGAGCUCCCCAACCCCUGUCUUUGGAUAUGGGGACUCUGAGGAGGUGGAGGAAGCCUUCCCCUCUUCUCUCUUUUUUCUCUUUUUCUCUCAUCCUGCUAAGAAACUAUGCCAAGGCCACCAUGGAGUGGUAAUGGGCUCCCCUAGGUGCACGGGGGGCUGGUGGGAGUUUUGAGUCCCUUCCUGGUUCUUUCCUUAAAGAGGUGGGUAGUGAAUGUAUUUAUUUAUUUAUCUAUCUAUCUAUCUAUCUAUCUAUCACAUUUAUAUGCUGCUUUUUCUCCCAAGGUGCUCAAGUCCAUGGUUCUCCUCCAUGUACAUGCUACCUUAGCAAGCAUCAUGCAGCACCUCCACCUGGCACCCUCUUGGCUAGUUAACACUCAGUUCUUGAGUUACAAACCCAAUGGUCCUUGCUGUUGCACUUCCAACAGCCAGUUUGUAAAGGCAGAAGCACAGAUUCUUUGAUAGCUUCCUGUCUCUUGCAGAAAUACGUCCGGCUUCUGGGUCUGGAGAACUGAGAAGAGUGAAUUGGUGAGCGAUUAUGAUGCAAAGGUCAGUUGUUGCUCUUGUACUGAUGUCCCUUUUCCCUGACAGCUAGGAGCCUUGCUCAGCAUUUUAAGAUUUCUCCAGGCAUUGCCCACAAAUCUCCCCCUUCCACAGAGCUUUAAUUUGCAGCCAUGAGGACUUGACACCUGAUGAAAAGUGCAUGCAGCCUGAAAACCUUUGCUUCUGAUUUGGAAGAGUGGCAUGAAUGAGGCCUCAGAUGGUCUGGGAAAAGCAAACAGCAAAUAAUGGGCUUCAUUGUCUCACAGUGUAAGGAUGUACAGCUAUCUGAUGAAAACAUGGAUUGGCAGUGUGCUCAUGACAAGCAAAAGACAGGGUGAAAUGAGCCUCUGUAACUCUUUGGGACCAGUUUCAGUGGCUUUAAGAAGAAAUGUCCAUUGGCAGCUUUAGGUAACAUUCGAGAGAAAUGCAGCCUCCAUGUCAAGAGGCUCUAAAUAGAUUGGGCAAGUUCACAAAGGAGAAGGCUAUCAAUGACGUUCAUUUGGAGGCAGUAAAUCUUCUGAAUGCCAGUUGCUGGAAGCCACAGGAGGGGAGGGGGCUUAUGGCUUGCGUCCUGCCCUGGGGGCUUCCCCUUGAGGCGCCUGGUUGACCACUGUGAGAACAGGAGGCUGCACUGGGUGGGCCCCGGUUGGCCUGACCCAGCAGGGCUGUUAUGCUCUUAGGUGGUUUUGAUGAUGGGAUGUCUCUGAGAGGCAUCAAGUGUUCCUCUUCCACUAUGAAGUUCUGCUUGAGAACUUAAUGAGAGGUGUUUUGACCUGCUUCUUUCAAAGGACGCAGUGGGCCUUUGGUACGGCUGUGGAGGUUCUUAUGCAAUUUUCCUUUUUUCCCUACCAGAAUUACAGACACUCCAAAUGACACAGGCUAGCUGUACCCUCCAAAGAGUUUACUGUGCAUAUUAUAUAUUGAGAUGUUGUUGUUAUUAUUAAAAUUUCUAUACUGUGGAUCACAGGGCAGUUUACAAAAAUGCAUCCCAUAGUAGCAAACAAAAACAGUACUCCCCCUCAGAGUUUAAACGGCCACAGAUAGUUUAAUAAGCCGAAGGCGAUGGGGAAGAGGAAUGCUUUAUGUAAGGAAGGCGCCAGGUGAGCCUCCCUGGGGAGACCCUUCCACAAGAGGAGCCCUAAUGAGAUGCUUUAGCUGGCCAACAGAUGGUGCUUUGGCACCUUUGUGUUGGGAAUUGGGGUAGGAUGAGGAUGGGUUGGGACCCUCCUUGUCAGUUACCCCGUAGCCACUUCUAUGGCGGCUUCCAGAACUAGCUGGGCUCUCUACAUCUCUCCCUCCUCCUCCUUGUUUCCCUCAAGGUCUAUACGGCCAACAACGUGAAUGUUGUGACCAAGAUCAGAACAGAGCACUUGACAGAAGAAGAGAAGAGGAGAUACAAAGGUAAUUUGGUCCUGUGGGAGGAGAGGGCCGAGGUUGAUCACCCUCCUGCAGGCAAGGCAUCUUUGAUUCUGAGCCCAGACAUUACGACCCAAUUCCUUGGUGACGGCUUGGCCAAAAUUCAGUCCCCUGCAAAAUGAAAUGUGUUCCCAGGCAUGCUGCUGCUGCUCUAUAAUUCAGGAGGCUGGGAGGGCUGUGGGAAGAGCAGCUGGUCUGUUUUGGGGCUCUGUUUUAAGCAGGGCCUGCUGCUGUUUCAUGCGGCUUUGGGGUGAGCUGGAAGUCAGAACAGUGUGGGUAUCCUCUAAGGAUAUCUGGAGUUGUAAACGGUUUAGAAAAGGGCCACCCAAAUGAUCAAGAGGAUGGAGCAAUUCCCCUGUGAGGAAAGACUGCAGUAUUUGGGACUUCUUAGCUUAGAGAAAAGGCGAGUCAAGAGUUUAUAAAAGUAUGCAUGGCAUGCAGAAAGUGGAUAGAGAAAUUUAUUUCUACCUGUCUCCUAACACUAGAACUCGGGGAUGUCAGUGACUCAGGAUGGAAGAUUCAGGACAGAGAAAAGAAAGUCCUCCUUCACACAGUGCAUAGUUAAACUGUGGAACUCGCUCCCACAGGAGGCAGCGAUGGUCACCUUGGAUAGCUGUAAAAGAGGAUUAGACAAAUUCAUGGAGGAGGAGAGGGCUAGAGAGGGCUACCAGCCACGAUGGCUGUCUCAGCCUCCACAGUCGGAGGCCGCAAUGCUUCUCCAUAGCAGUUGCUGGAAAUCACAAGAGGGGAGAAGGCUCUUGUGCUAGUGGAUGGUUUCCCACAGGCAUCUGGUUGGCCCCUGUGAGAACAGGACGCCUGUCUAGGUGAGCCACUGGCCAGAUCCAGCAAGCUCUUUGUAUUUUCUUAUGUUCUUACCAGCCUCGCACAAGUGGUGGAGGCAAUCUAUUGCUGGCUGUUUUGCAGAAUUGCAACUGCCAAUUUUGCCCCUUCCUGACAUUUUAUGUUGGAUCCUUUAAGGCAGGCUUUGCCAACCUAGAGCCCUCCAGUUGUUUGGGGCUACAGCUUCCACCAGCCCCAGUCGGCAUGGCUGUCAAUAAUAAUCCAAAAAGCGUGGAGGGCACCAGGUUGACAAUGACUGUGUUAAGACCCACUUUGCACCAAAGAUUUCUGAGCUGCCAGCGCUGCCACAAGAAGUGGCUCUUCAGCUCAAGUCAUGUGUUAAAGUGACAGAACCAUUUGUUACAGCGUCCAUGUAUGUUAGAUUCCAUCACAAACCAGUUUACUGUGCAUAUUUAAGGCAGAGGGAGAAUCAUUUUCCCAUGAUCCUUGCACACUGGAAAGGAUGUGAGAUUCCUCUCCAUUUUCCAGUCCUGCCCUCCAGGAGUAGAUCCAGGAGAUCCAAUGGGGGCGUCUCCAGCUCUUGCAUUGGGGCUGUGGGGAGAGUCCCUUUUGAAAGGCCAGCCUUGUUCAUGCUUCCCAGUGGGAAGGUUUUAGCAUGACAUGGGGGGCUGACAGAGAUAACACUGCAGUUGUGCUUCCUCCCCCGCCCUUUCCUCCAGCUGACAGAAACCCCUUUGAAUCCUUUUUGGGAACCAUCGAGCAUGAGUACGGGGCACAACAGGUGAGCAAAAUGCAUUGUCUUUUUUUCCUUUUUUAUGGUUUUAAGUCUUUUACUGGAAAACUGCUAACAGUACAAUUGAAAAUACAUAAAGAAAGACAAAGGAAAAUGAAUAAAAGUAAGGGAGCAAAGUAGGAUUCAUGCUGCAAAUUUAAUACAAAACAAAUUUCUUAUGAGAGAAUUUUAUAUUUCAUGAUGUCGUCCAAGAGAAGAGGUUUGUGCAUCUGGGUUUGAAACAUGAGGGGAAGUCCCUCUAGGCAGCCUAGAAGUGUUCUGGAUUCUCUACCCCUCUGGAACCAUGAAGUGUUAUUUUUUCUGCAACAGCCAAGGAACUCCUGUUUUUAUACCACAGAGAUAGGUGCAAAAUGUAUUUUGAGGCUGAUCUCUUCAGCAGAAGAGGACUCCUCCUCUAUUAUUUACUCACUGUCCCACAUUUCAACCUCCUGGUUCCUCCACUGGCUAGCAUUAAAAAAUGCAAGAAUAAAACAGCACAGUAUGUUGCUGAUUUAAAAAUAAAUAAUAAACAUGGACUUAAAAGCAGGAGUUGGCCUGAGCUCCUUCCCAGCAGCUUGUGUUAUUUUCUCAUAGUUAGCCCAGGGGUGGAGAAAGGGAUCUGAGCAACUUUGAUAGGUGGGCAGGACCACCUGUAUGUCAAUCAGCUGAUGUCAUAAUGACAUCAUUAUGUAAUUACUUUAGGUGGUUAAUGCCUGCCAAAGUUCAAAGGAGAAGCCUCAUUUGAAGAUGGGCUCCCUGUAAUGCUGAUCAGCUGAGAGGCCUGCCCUGCACUCGGAAGCUGAGGGCUUUGCAUUGGAAGACCCCUUUUGGCCCAGCCAUGUAGGGCGGAAGGCAGGGGACCAACCAAGAUGUUCUGCCUUCAACUCCUCAAAAUAUAAAUUUGUGUAAAUGUAAAGCAAAUAAAUGUUGGAAGUCCUCUGGUGAAAGGCCAGCACUUUAUUUCAUUUAUAUUCCACCUUUCUCCCAUGGUGCUAAAGGUGGUGCACAUAGUUCUCCUCAUUUUCUCCUCACAACAACCCUGUGAGGUAGGUGAAGCUGAGGGUGAGUGACCGGUCUGAGGAUUUGAACCCUGGUCUCCCAGGUCCUAGUCUAACACGGUCCACUGCACCCCCACUGACUGUCUUCCUUCAGACACCUUCAUGUUUCCCUGUGCCGAUCCUGCCCUCUGUUUUUGCCUGAUGAGCCAACUCACUUUGAGGCAAAAUCCCCCUCUCUCCCUCUGAGCAGCUGACCUGCUGAGUUGGGAAGCCUUGGCCCACUGCUACUGAUCUCCUGGGCUUCUGAUUUGGGGACACCAUUGGCUUUUGAGGCAACCUGGACAGAUAGCCAGGAGUUUCUGCCAAGCCUUGCUGGUCACCCACCUUGUGCUCUCCUCUUUCCCCCAGGACCUCACGACAGAAUAUGCCACAACCAACAACCCUACAGCCAUCACUCCUGAGGAAUAUUUCAACCCUCAGUUUGACCUGAAAGACAGAGAUAUUGGGAGACCCAAAGAAGUGACCAUCCGGACUCAGAAGUAAAUCUACUACUCUGUUGAACGUCUGUUAUCUUUGAUUCAGUUUCCCCUCCCUUUCUCUUGCGCCCCAGCUUGCAAAUCCUGCACUCUGUUUCUCUCUGGAGGAAAAGAUGCUCCCUGCAGAAGUCAGGCCCACUCCCUGCUGGACCAUGAGUUGCUGCUGAAGCAGCCUCGCAGCACUUGAUUUGAGCCUGCGCUGAGCCCCAGCACCCAUUCAGUGAGAGAGCCCUUCACAGCAUGGUCCCCAGGAACCUGGGAGUCAGAGAAGUCUUUCAGGGUAACUCAAGCCACAGCACCUUUUAUUUUAGAAAUCCUCCACCAACUGCAGCUGGGGGCCUCCAUUAGAAGCCCAACAUCUUGCUUGCUUUGGGUAAGGAUGUCAUUUCCCCCGGUGCAGAAGCAUUAGCAAUGCUUGCUUUUGUCAAGGCUUGAGUCAAGAGACAACAUUCACUUGGUCCAUGUUUUAAGUUACUGGCUUGGCAUUCCCCCCCUCUUUGAGAUGAGCUUAAGAACGAUAUUGUCUCUUGGUGGCCCAGCAACUCGAGGCCUAUUGGCAUCGUGGUGUCUGAGAUGCUCCCUGACAAUAAGGGGCCCCCGCCCAUCGAUGGUCUGCACUUCUAGAGGGAGCUCCAAACUCUGUGUGGCCAACCCCGACCUCUCCACCGAGUCCAAGUCUGGAUGCUCCCGAAUCUAUGAGGGCGUGCACUGAUUCUCUGCGCCCAUCUGGGAGCUGUAGUACGACACGGCCUGCGCAUCUUGAGCGAGCUGACUUCUCACCCUCCCACUCUCUGCUAGCUCCUUAUCAACAUUGCAUUCUGUGUCAGGGAGAGGGGGAGGAGGACUGCUUACUGACUCGUGCUGUAUUUCUCUACUUGGGGCAGAUGUGUUUAUGACACUUUCAUCUCUGGUAGGUUUAAAGCCAACUUGUGGAUGUCCGAACAGUUUCCCCUCUCCCUUGUGGAGCAGGUCACCCCCAUUGUGGACUUGAUGGCCAGAACCAGUGCACAUUUUGCUCAACUCAAAGACUUCAUCACCUUGGACUUUCCUCCUGGAUUUCCAGUUAAAAUCGGUAUGACCCUUUUUGUGCUGGCGGUUCCUGCCCCCCACCUGCCACCAUGUUCAAGACAUCAACUCCCUCCCCCCUUGAACGGUGCUUCUUGUCUUGGGGCACCUUCAAAGCAAACUGUGGUGAUGAGGAUAACUGGUGACCUUGCUCAACCUCUCCUGUCCCUCUUCCCUUCCCCCAAACUGCAGAGAUCCCAUUGUUCCACAUCCUCAAUGCUCGCAUUACUUUUGGGAAUGUGAACGGCUGCAGCACAGCAGAAGAGGCGUCUCCCCAGGCUUCAGAUGGGGCACAGCAGCCAUCUGGUGAGAGAGCUGCUCCAGGGUUUGAGGGAGGAACUCAAGUAAGAGGAACCCUUUGGUUUCCAGAUUGGGAUGUUCCUCUGGGAGACUCUGUGGCAGUCAGAUUUAAGUGGACAAAAUGUGUGGACCUCUUUGCUCCUGGUUGCGCCUUCACACAGGCUGAAUUAUGCAAGAUAUCUCCUUCAUUUUUAUAUAUUUAAAACCCACUUUUCACCUGAGAUCAUCUCCCAAAGCAUUGUGCAGCAGAGGGAUAGAUAGUGCCAUCUUCCCCAAUGUGUGGUCCUCUAGGUGUUUAUGGAUCCCUUAUUAUGUUCACUGCAACAAAUUAAAAUGCUCAACGCAAUAACGCAUCCUUCACAAACUGGUUGCAAACUCCAACUUCCAUCAGCCCCAGCCAAUAUGGCCAGCAGUCAGAGAUGGCAAGAGUCCAGCAACAUCUGGAGAGCCACCAUGUUGUGGAAGUCUCUCCUAUUUUCUGAUUUCUCAUGGGGUGUACCACUGGAUAGACCAGUUCAGUGGCCCUAUUAUUUGAUUCUGCACUACUGUUAAAUAGAGCAGUGGACAUUGUAUGCUCACCUGGUUGCCAUGAUAGAGGUGAAAAGGUGUUCCCUGCUUUCCCUAGUUUUCGUUCAAGAUAUGUCCAGAGCCCUGGAGCUUUGCAUACUGAUGGUGCCGUGCUCCCAAACUCCUAAUGGCCAUUCCCAGGAGCUUCAUAUAGAUACUGGAUAGCAUUGGAUACCCUGUGGAGUUGAGGAGCACUCCUCCAGUGUUUCUGCACCUUCUGCAGUCGUCCACUCCCCUUGAUUCCCAUGCCACAGAAGCUAUCUAGGAAGAUGCCACAGUCAGCGGUAUUGAAGGUCGCUGAGAGAUCAAGGAACGGUCCCUCUCCUGACACGGGCUAUCCACCAGGGCAACCAAGGCUGAUUCCAUCCAGGGUUGGAGGAGGAGCAAAGACUGUGGCGUGUUAGUCGUAUCCUUUUAAUGGGGGACACCCAGGACUGACCCUGGGGCAUCCUUUGUGCCAAGCAGGUGCUCCGCCUGAGCUGUGGGCCCAUCGUCAGCAUCUUCACCCUUGGGCUACACCAUUUUUCACCCUAAGAGAGAAUUACAUCCUUAUGCCAGCAAGCCAAAUGAAAUAAUACUGCUACACCUCUGCUUUCUGCUUUAUGGGCUUUCUGCCAAUCCCUGGGGUUCAUGCUUGGUGUCCUUUUCCCCCCCCACAUGGCUACUCCAGCCUCUGCCUUUGUGGUCGACCAGUCCGUCUUUGAGAUCCCUAAAUCCUAUCACAUUCAGGACGAUGGCAGGAAUGUCCGGGUGCAGGAUGAAGACAACGAGAUCAUGCAGUUUGCUAUCCAGCAGAGCCUGAUGGAGUCUGGCCAGAACAGAGUGAGCCCCUCUUGCUCAGGGAUCUUUUCCCAUUCCCUUACCUCACACCCCUGGCCAACUUCUCAUGAGCUUGGAAGGCCUUGCUGAGCUUUGCCCCUGCUCUUUUCUCACACUGCAGAAGGGGCCACCUGAGGAGGCAGAGUUGGGACAGCAGCAUAAUGGGAGAAUUCUUGUGUGAAAUAAUCAGAGCACAGGAAAGGCCAGGGGAUCUGGCAAAUGGGGUCUUCAGACGAUGCAUGUGAACCAUGUUCCCCAACCUCCAAGGAAGGAGAGUCCACCACUUUCUGAGGGAGUCUGUUGCAUCCUGGGAAUGCAACAAUGCAUGUCCAAAAGAACUCAAGAAGCUGCUUUAUACUGAGACCACUGGUCUCUCCUGGAGAUGGAGAACCUGUGGCCCUCUGGAUGUUGCAGGACCACCACUCCCAUUGGCCAUGCUAGCGGUGGAUGAUGGGACCUGGCAUUCAACAGUUUCUGGUGGGCCACAGGUUCCUCAUCACUGGCCUACACUGACUGGCAGCAGCUCUGGUUUCUGUCAGGUCUCCUUCCCCAGCCCUGUCUGCGAUGUCAGGGAUAAAACCUAGAACCCUCUGCAUGUCAAAUAUGUGCUCUGCCACUGAGCUGAGGGCAGCAUUAGAUCUCCAUUUUAGGAGAGAUCCACCAAGCUCCUUCAUGUGUUUGCUUUUUGGCAACCACUGGAGACUUUAAAAAACCCACAGCAAGACCACUGAGGCUUUCAUGUUUAAUGUUGCUACUUUUAAGGAUUGUUUGGCUUCUGAAUUAACAUGCUAGUUUAAUGCUAGUGUUUUACUAUUAUCGCAUCUUGCUGUGUUUAGUUUUUUAGAUUGGUUUGUUCUGAGUUUUUGUAAGUCACUUUAAUGCAUCCAAUAGAAAAGUGGGUUAGAAAAGAUAUCAGUGGUAUUAGACCCCCAGCACCAGCCACUUCUGCAUGAUGUGUGAGUGUGCGUCUCAAAUUGUCACUGGUAUUAACUGCUCUGAUGUCCUUCUCAGGAGGCUUUGGGACCAGACUUGAAUGGGGCUGUCUCUUACUCACAGGACCUCAACCUUCAGUAUCAAAGGUAAUGUUCCUUCUUGCUAAACAUGAGGAGUUACUCACCACCAGGUGCUAGGAAGCUGAGCCCCAUCCAGGGUUUACUGUAGAGCAGGGAGGAGGAACCAGAGGAAUCUGUUAUUAAACUCCAGCUCCCAUCAUCCCUGACCACGUUGAUGGGAGUUGGAUUCCCAGCAACAGCUGGAGAGCUCCAGGUGUUCCCCAGCCCUGGCUUGGAGCAUCUGUUGCUAGUGACAGGGAGUAUCUCACGCUCCCUUGCCUGGCCUUCCCAUGCAGGAGCUCUCAUCUCCCAGGGGUUUCUGGUGGGAGAGGGAUGGAAUAUGUGGAAAGUGCAGGAGUAGAGCAGGGCUGCUAAGUGCUUUUCACCAACUCUGCUGCAGCUGCUCAUAGCAGGGGUGGGUGGCCCUUUCGAAGUUGGGGACCGCAUUCCCUUGUGGGAAGGUGAUCAGAGGCCACAUAUCAACAACCCUGAGUGGACCCAAAGCAAGAAGUGUGUGGGACAGCCCUGGUUCAUUCAUCCACCCAUUCUCUCUCUCUCUCUCUCAUUCACCAUCUGCCCAUCAUUAGUUGAUCCCCCCCCCCCUUUCCAGGCCUCGGAGGGACCACGUAAAAGGAGGGGCCAUUAUGGUCUUAGUUCAGGCUGAGCCUGUCGUCACUCCUUUUCUGUGUAGCUUCUGCAGCAUCUUCUGCCUUUUCUGUUUGUGGGUGGGAGACUUUUAUGAACAUCCGAAGCGCCUGCUGGAUCAAGCCAAGGGGGGCCCAUCUAGUCCAGCACCCUGUCCUCAGGGUGGCCAACCAGAUGCCUGCGGGAAACCAGCAAGCAGGACCUGAACCAAAGAGCAGGGCACCUCUCCCUCUUGUGGCUUCCAGCAACUGGUGUUCAGAAGUGUAGCUGCCUCACCUCCAGCUGUGGUGCCAGAGCAGAGCCAUCCUGGCCAGUGGCGGCCGAUAGCCUUCUCCUUCAUGAAUUGGUCUAACCCUCGUUUAAAGCCAUUCCGGCCUCCUUUCCUUCCAUGAAAAUCGAGUAUGUGAGAGUGAGAAACACAAAAGUCGCCCACAAAGGGCAGUGGGGAGGAUGAAUAUACAUCCUAAGCACCUGCGCAUCAUUCGGCUGGUCCAGUUAAGUUCCCUGCAAACACUGACCUGGGAGGGGGUGUGGAGGCAUAGCGGCUUCCUGGCAAGACCCAGGCAUUUCCUUGCUGUGGCUCUAGCUCUCACAGCUGUUCCAGCAGGUCCUUGAUGCCUCUGCUCGGGAGCGUUGCUCUCCAUGCAUUGGGGGGAGGGGGGCUUUGCCCCAGAAAGUCAGGGGGUGUUAGGAAAGCAGGCUCUGUGCUGGGCAGCUGGUUAAAAGUGUUUCACUCCAUCUCUCUUCCUCUCCCCCAGGGCUUUGCAGGAAAGCUUCUUGGCUACUCCAGCCUCCACCUCUCUGCAGGAAUCUUCCAGUUUCGAUCGGGACCUGCGCCUGGCUAUGGAGCUUUCUGUUCGUGAGCAGCAGGACCUGGAGCAGCGGCGGCAGGAGGAGGAGGAGGCAGAGCUGCAGCGAGCUCUCCAGCGCUCCCUCCUUGACAAAUAGGCAGGCAGGCGGCAGCUCCCGCAACCCUCUCUCUCUGUCUCUCAAAGCAAAAGGAAGAGCCUAAUCCUUUCUCAGUGCUGAGAAGCACGUGGGCUCAGCUGCCCAGGGCUGGCUGCACCUUGCGCCAGGCUACAAAUGUCCUUUGUGGGGACAAUUUGCGGCAGAUCUACAGGAGCCGUCCUCACCUCUCAAGCUUCAUUCUCCUUUUGUGUGCUCUGAACUUUGGACUUAAAAGACGAACUUCUUGGGCUGCCUUCAACUUUUUUCUGAAAAGGGGGGGGGCACUUUGGCUAGUGUCCAGCACUGCAGGGAACUUGCCCUGUUUGAGGAAGGUUUGUGUGAGCAUCAUCUCAUUGCCGGUCAAAGAUGCAGCAAGUCCUCCAGGUUGUCUUUGAAUCCAGCGAACAGCAGCCACUGUCUGUUGGGGACAGUGCCAUGAGCAUCCUUACCUUAACCUGGCACCUCCAGGUAUGGGGAAGGAUGCUCUAGGCAUAAUGCCCUAUUUCCUUCCAGCCUUUAACACUAUCUCAACCCCAGCUGUUUGCUACUCCAGUGGGCACAAGACCUCCUGUCCCACACAGGUGCUUUAUAAGGGUCUUUGUGUGUAUAGGAGUGUUUGGGUUUUUUUAAAAAAGAAAAAAAGGGAAUUGAGGGGAACUUAACUCAGUACCCAAUUCCCCAUAUUAAAAGGGAGAAAGGGACUGCUGUAAAGCAGGUUCUCUUGACCAAAAGGGAACCUUAUGUUGCCUUCUUAUAGUGCUUAUUAUCUCCCUUUCCUCUAGAAAGUGCAUUUUUUGUCUGUUUUAAGUUCUUAAAGCAGGUGCCAUGGGGAAUAGGAGCAGCAUAGGAGUAAAUUUUGCUUGUUUUUCUGUUGCCUGCAGACCAUGUGGCCUUAGCUAGCAAUAAACACAGGGGAGGGGGCUGGGGGUCAGGGCAAGGCAAGGCAGCAGUGCCACCACCUCCUCCCUCUCCAGAGGCACAGAGGGGCUGGGUAGCAAGCGAAGAGGUGAGCUGGCUCCACCUCCUUCAAAUGUUGUUUCAGAAACUGGCAGGAGGGAAGCAAAUGUGAAGCCACACCACAGGAAGUCCCUCAGAGCAGCAGCCUUUGCCAAGGCGGUGCCAUCCAACUAUUUGGUAGUACAACUCCUGGGUGGGGGAUGGGGGGCUAGCCAGCAGAGCUGUGGGAUGCUUUGGCUAAUGGGGGGGUCAUCCAAAACAUUUGGAGGGCACAGGCUGGGGAAGGCUGCCUUGUGAUGGUUGGCAGACACAUCCGUGGGCUUUCAGGUGCCUCAGACCAGCUGCAGGGCUAAUCUUUGCUCACCUCCCCUUGGGGGGGCAGCCUCUCCAAAUGUACCAGUUGCAAGUUUUGCCUGACUUUAUUUAAUCUUCACUCUUAACUGAAUCUGUCUCAAGUCCCCGAAGGGAAGGGAAUCUCUAUAAAGCGCUCCAGAAGAAAGGUAGUUGCAAUUUCUGGGUGUGCUAUGCGGGGCAAGCUGGGGGUGGGGUGGGGGGGAUGGACGACUCUGGGAUUGUCGUCGUAACCAGGCCAGAAAUAUGCAGCUAAGUUUCACAUGAAAAUAAAAGGAAUCCUUUUGAAGAGGGCCUUGUUGGGUAUUGUGGAUUCUUUCAGUGCUUGCAAGGAGGUAACUGGGAAUCAGCCCUCUUGCUACAAGGAAGCCUUUUCUUGUUUUUGCUCUGGGACAUUUGUGGCAAGUGGACUGUCCUCUCUGUGUCAUUGUGCCAGUGGCCCACUGAGUCCAGGAUAAUGUAAGUUAUCUCCUCGCAAGAGCCCUUUUUGCAGCUCUCAGAAAGUUAGCUUGCUGUUGUCGAGCUGUUAGUUUUGAUGGCCAAAGUAAAAACACACCAAUUGGCAGGAAUGUUAGCUUACCCCUUUUAGUAAUUCAGAUCUUGCCCUUUUGUAGAGCUUCAAAGGCAGGAGACUGCAAUACAUGAGAGGCUUCCUAGAAAAAGAUGGUCUUUAUUUAAACCUUUGUUCAUAGAGUAUUGCUUCUUAAUACCACUGCAGGCUUAAAAGCAACUUAUCUUGCUCAGCAGGCACCUGUAAGUAUAACAGACCUCUCCCUUUAGAAUAGUUUUCUUGUCUAUCCCGAAGUUUAAACCAAAAUCAAUGCUCCUAAUUCUUUGUUUGAUCCUUGCAUCUUCUUGCAACCCCAAAGGAAGGGGCACAAGACACCCUUCAGUCACUCUGUGCUUAUCACAGACAGAUAAAAGUCUGCAGGAAUAAGCCUGACAUUUGAGUAGCUUCACACUGCUAAACCUACAAUGUCAGCUGGCCCUCCAGAACAGAGGCACCUUAAGCGGUGUAGACAUUCUGUGACAUUUAGCAAGUCAGUGGAUCCUUUGCUCUUUUGAUGCAGUGUGGCACUUAGUUGGGUCCAAAGAGACAAGCCACUUUCACAUUCAGCACUUUGUUUGCAUGUGCUUGUAAUAUAAUGCAUUAAUAAGCCCUUGCAAAGCAGCUUUCAUAAAGAAAUGUCUUGAGCAGGCUGCUUUAAUACAGCAUAAUCUGAAUAGCAUCUUAUUUGCUACAUAAUAUGUUCCAUUUUGGGGAUCAUGCAGGGAUGCUUGAAAAUAUUUGGGCAAUAUCAUGGCUGACAGAACCUCAUUAUCUCUCAGCCAUGAUCCUGUGCUGCCCAAAUAAUAGAAACAGCAGUGACUGCCUUGAAAGAUGCAAGGAUUGCAAAAGGCCAAGCCCUUUACUCACAAUCAGUCUAGAAAAUAUGUGAACCACAUUAGUCAGGAAUUUGUUGUGUGAAGCCACAAUUGUUUUUACCGCACAGUGAAGCAAUUGGAGUUACAUUUCCAGCUCAGAAAUGUACAGCUGCAGGCUCAUAGUCACAAUGAAGGGAAAGAGACGGAGGCAGAAUUCUCAUUUUGAAAGUGACAUUUAGGUUCACAUCAGUUAACAAAAAAUAAAUACAGUGGCAAAAUUAACCCUUUGUUAAGUAUAAAAUAUAUACACCAGGAAAAUCAAGUUUGUAUGUAAAACAAAAAACCAAACCACAUCUGCACCAACAAAAACUUAAGUGUGCAUUUUUUUUCAGUGUGAACACCCUCAACUAGCUUAUUCCAUUGCAUCUUCCAACCUCUUGACUCCUUGAAGAAAUGGUUGUGCUAAGAUACACAAAAAAGCCACAAUCCAAGCACCUAUGAAGAGGCAGAGCUGCACUUUGCUUGCAAAGGAAAGUCCAAAGGUUUGGAUGUGUCUCCAUGGCAGAGUGUGUGACUCUGCAUGCUCAGCAUGGAAGCUGGAUCAUGACUGCUGUUCUUCAUUAAUGCUGUUUUGUGCAUUUGCUGGGACAGACAGGGGGAGUUCGCACUUGCAGCCUUACCAGUUUCUCUGGUUAAAGGGACCUUGCCCACAUACACAACUGUGUGCACAGUUCAAUCUACUCCCCAGUGAUGUAUGGAGAAGCCAGUACAUCAACAGGUUUUCCCUACUCUUCACAUCAUCAUCAUCAUCAUCAUUUAUGGGCUGCCCAUCUGACUAGGUUGCCCCAGCCACUCUGAGUAGCUUUUUCAUUCAUGGUGUAAAAUGCUUGCACAUUCAUCUGUGCAUGAUAACUCACAGUAGAAGUUAUCCUACUGUCUGGAGAAAAUGGAGCAAGCAAAGUAGCCUUUCAUUCAGUGCAUAAUGUGUAGUAAGAGAGGCUUGUAUCUCACUCUUAAGUAGUGAUGUUAAAUUCUUGAGAGUAAUCUUUUGGAGAAUAUUCUCGAGAAUAUUCUUGAUUAAUGAGAAUAUUAGAGAAUUUUCAUUUAAAAUAGAAUACAGUGGUACCUCGGGUUAGAUACAAUUCAGGUUACAUACACUUCAGGUUACAGACUCCGCUAACCCAGAAAUAGUAUUUCGGGUUAAGCACUUUGCUUCAGGAUGAGAACAGAAAUCGUGCUCUGGCGGCACGACAGCAGCGGGAGGCCCCAUUAGCUAAAGUGGUGCUUCAGGUUAAGAACAGUUUCAGGUUAAGAACAGACCUCUGGAACGAAUUAAGUACGUAACCAGAGGUACCACUGUAUUCAUUUUAAUGCACCGAAAAUAAUAUAAUUAGUUAAUAUGCAUGUUUAUUCAUGGUAAACUCGUUCGGAUGGCAACCAAAAACUACAGAAAAUUCUUUCUUAUUGGUCAACAGGUCAGCACUGUUGACAUAUAGGGAAACUUGUUGUUUAAUAAAGGAAC